AUGGCCAUCAUCAAGAAUGAAUUUGGAGUCUUGGACUACAUUUUGUUUGUUGCAAUGCUCGUUGUUUCGGCCGCCAUCGGUGUCUACUUUGCCACUAAGGGUGGAAAACAAAGAACACAAGGUGAAUACCUGCUUGCCAACAGAAGCAUGUCCAUACUUCCAGUGGCCAUUUCCAUCCUUGUCUCGUUCAUCUCAGCGAUUCUGAUCUUGGGCACGCCAGCGGAGAUAUACACACAGGUCAGACGUGGUACU